AUGUCUGCAAUGCAUGUUUUGGGCUUUUAUGGCUGGUAUUUGGGUAUCAAAUACUCUCGAUGGCAGUCCUGGUUGUGGGCCUAUUUCAUUGGAUUCAUCGCCUCGUUUGGUGUGUUAGCAGGGUCACAUCGGCUGUGGACUCACCGGUCUUAUAAGGUCAACUUCAUUAAACUAAUAUUCACUAAUAAGUGCUUUAAUGGUUAUACAUUGAAUUAUAAGCUCACUGGAGAUCUGAUCUAUCAGAUCUGUUCUCUGCCCUAA